UCUCUUUUAAUUUAACAUAAAUUGUCUAAAAUAAAAAAAAGUUAAGAAAUUUUGUAAAUAUUAAUUCCUCAACAAUCGAUAUGUAAAAGGCGGCGAGGCCAGUCAACAUUUUCUUUGGUCACGUUUCAAUAGCAAACGUCACUUUUUUGUACAGUAAACUAAAUUGUAAGACGAAGAAGAAGAAUAUUGAGCAACAACAAAACCAACAACAAGACCAACCAAAACGAAUCAAAUCCAAUUAGAAGCAAAUUGGAAAUACAAGAAGAAAAACAAGAACAAUAUAAGGAGAAAUAAAAACAAACAAGAGCUUGCAACCAAUUGCGAAAUAAGCCAAAGCGAAACAGCGACACAAGAGAAAGAGAGAGGGAGCAGGAGAGAGCGAGAGAGAGAGAGAGCGAGGGAACGAGAAACGUAUAUAGAGAGCACCAGAGGAUCGUUUUAAGAAUUCGCAUGCGCCAAUGAGAACGUCGCAUCCUUCACACGCGUCCGAUUUCGUCGUCGUUGCCGCUCCCAGUUCCGGUUCCGGUUGCGGUUCCGCCAACGGUUCAGCCACUGUGGAUGUGCUGGACGCAAAGCCAACUGCCAAACAGGUUAGCAUUGGCAUCAGCUGCGAUCUGAAGCCCAUUGUCUAUCUCGACACGGACACGAGGCGUCCGCGUCAGCGCAGCGUCAUCAUCAGGCAGCACUCGCAAGAGCAACAACAACAACAACAUCAUCAUCAACAACAACAUUAUCAUCAUCAGCAGCAAGAGGAAGAACAGCAGCAACAACAGCAGCAGCAUAAAACGUCGUCCAAGUCUGGAGCAGCGGCCAACAGCAAGCGAAAGCGCGAAACAGAUUGCGAUUGCGGCUGCGUGGACUCGUACAACGGCGGCAGCGUUGAGUUGCGGCACGGCCAGGUACAGGCAGCGGCAGCAGUGGCAGCAGCAGCAGCGGCAGCCUCCGCUCAGAGCUUUGUGAUCAGCAGCAGCAGCAGCAGCAGCCACAACAGCAACAGCAUCAGCCUCAGCCUCAAGACGGCGCACGCAAAGGUUGCCACAUCGGGGGGGCAUGCCAAUACGCAGCCCCCCAGCAAACGUUCCAGCAGCGGCGCCGACGGCGACUAUCAGCUGGUGCAGCACGAGGUGCUCUAUUCGCUCUCCGCCGAAUAUGAGGUUCUGGAGUUUUUGGGCCGCGGCACCUUUGGUCAGGUGGUCAAGUGCUGGAAACGCGGCACCUCCGAAAUUGUUGCCAUUAAGAUUUUGAAAAAUCAUCCCUCCUAUGCACGCCAGGGUCAGAUUGAGGUCUCGAUACUCUCGCGGCUCAGUCAGGAGAAUGCGGAUGAGUUCAAUUUUGUGCGCGCCUUCGAGUGCUUUCAGCACAAGAAUCACACCUGCCUGGUCUUUGAGAUGCUCGAGCAGAAUCUCUAUGAUUUUCUCAAGCAAAACAAAUUUUCACCGCUGCCGCUCAAGUACAUACGUCCCAUACUGGAGCAGGUGCUGACUGCCCUGUUGAAGCUGAAGCAACUGGGGCUGAUUCACGCCGAUCUGAAGCCGGAGAACAUAAUGCUUGUGGAUCCGGUGCGUCAGCCGUAUCGCGUCAAGGUAAUCGAUUUUGGCAGCGCCUCGCAUGUGAGCAAAACUGUUUGCAAUACGUAUCUGCAAUCGCGCUAUUAUCGCGCACCCGAGAUCAUAUUGGGUUUGCCGUUCUGUGAGGCCAUCGAUAUGUGGUCGCUGGGCUGUGUUGUGGCCGAGCUCUUUCUGGGCUGGCCCCUGUAUCCGGGCAGCUCGGAGUUCGAUCAGAUACGCUAUAUAUCACAGACACAGGGUCUGCCCACAGAGCAUAUGCUGAAUAGCGCCUCGAAGACAUCGAAAUUCUUUUAUCGUGACGUCGACUCGACGUAUCCAUUUUGGCGCCUUAAGACCACCGAAGAGCAUGAGGCGGAAACGAACACCAAGAGCAAGGAGGCACGCAAAUAUAUCUUCAAUUGUCUGGAUGAUAUUGGCCAGGUGAAUGUGCCCACGGAUUUGGAGGGUGGCCAAUUGUUGGCCGAGAAAACGGAUCGUCGUGAAUUCAUAGAUCUACUGAAGCGCAUGCUGACCAUAGAUCAGGAGCGACGUUUGACACCAACCGAGGCACUGAAUCACAGCUUCACGAGGCUCACCCACCUGGUCGACUAUGUCUAUUGCAACAAUGUGAAGGCCUCUGUCCAAAUGAUGGAGGUCUGUCGUCGCGGCGAUUUCCAUACCGUACAACCAGCUCCCACGCUGGUCACCAAUUUCGUGCCCAGCAGCACCGAGAACAUGACCUUUACGAUCAACAAUCAGCUGACCAGUCAGGUGCAGCGCCUCGUGCGCGAUGGUCGUCCUUUGGCCUACGAGGGUCUCUAUCAAAUCUACGGCGGACGCAAUGUGGCACGGCAGUAUCCACAGGCGCGCACCGACACGUUCCAGCAUCAGCUGGUCUCCAACAUACUCUGUCCGCCCUCGUAUCAGGCCAUGCCCAGUCCCACCAAGCAUGUGGUGGCCACAAUGCAGCCGCCGUUGCAGGUGCCGCCCCAGCAAUAUGUCAAUGUGCCGGUGCCCGUGUCCAUGGUGGAGCCCAGCUCGGGUCAGCGUAUGCUGCUCACCAAUCGGGUCCAGGCAAGUGGCGUUGCCUGGCCGCAAACCGGACGUCAGAUGGCAUUGGUGCCAUCCUGGCCGCAACAGGCGCCCGCACAUUCGCUAAUCGUUGACUCGACGCCGCUGUUCAAUGUGGAGGAGAUUUAUCCCAAGCAUCAUCUCAAUUUGCCGCGCAACGAUCUCAAGAAGGAGUCGCCGGCUCAUCAUCUAGCCAAGGGCAACUCUUAUCGCGUGCCGCGUCACGAGAAGAAGGAACACCAGCAGCUGUCGCCUGUCAAGAAGCGUGUCAAGGAGAGCUCACCGCCGCAUCAGCAGCGCUAUCAGCGCGCCGCCCAUGUCUCGCCGCAGUAUCACGCCCAUCACAAUUGCAACUACGGAGGCGGCUAUGGAUCUGGCGCCGCUGGAGCCGUUGUGGCCAGCUCUGCCUCAUCGGCCAGCAAUAUUGUCAAUGCCAGUGGCAGCAGCUCGUCGAGUUCGCAUCAUCAUGCGCCCGUGGCUCAUGCGCCGCACGGCAGCAGCAGCAGCAACAGCGCCUACAACACCGCUGGCCAUCACAUUGUCAUCAACAAUUGCAGUGGUGGAAGCGGCGGCGGCAGCUCCGCUGUGGGCUAUCAUGCCAGCGGUGGCAGCAGCAGCAGCCAGCCGCCGUUGCAUGCGCAUCAGCCGCAGCACGUCAAGCAGCCGACAAUUACCAUACAUGACACGCCAUCGCCGACUGCGGUUGUGGGCGAUGUGAUUACCAUUUCGGACAGCGAGGAUGAGGGCGGCGAUCUACCGCCAAACAGCGCCACAGUCGCGCCCAUCAAGCAGCGCGCGCACGCCCAAUCGCAGACCAGCAGCAGCCUAAUGCAGCAGCAGCAGCAGCAACACCAACAUCAACAGCAGCAACAUCAGCAGCAACAGCAGCAGCAGCAACAACAGCAGCAGCACUCGGCGAGCAAUUCGAGCAGCAAUCUGCAUUGCCGCAGCAGCGGACAGCCGUUGCAUGUGCAACAUCAGGCCGUUAAUUAUGGUGAUCACGAUCCGGAGGAUGCGCGACGACGUCAUCAUGCCGCCGCAGCCGCCGCCCUGGCCGUGCCCAGUCCCAAGCAUCAUCAUCACCAGCAGCAGCCGCAGCAGCAGCAGCAACAACAACAUCAUCAUCACCAGCAGGUGCAGGUGCAGCCGGCACAGCAGACGCCGCACUAUCAGCCACAGCCGCCGCCGCCGCAAGCCCAAGCGCAGCACCAGCCACAGCAGCAGCAGCAGCCCAGCAUCAAAUACGAGCCGGGGCAAUCGCAGAAGAAGCGCAUUCUGGCCAUGGCCCAAAGCGAGUGCAACUAUCAGCCGCAGCCGCAGGUGCAGAUACAGGUGCAACAGCAGCAGGCACCGCCGCCGCCCGUUACCAGUCUGCCGCAUAUUCCAACCAAACAGGAGCCGCCAGAAUUCUACUCGGACUACGCGCCACAGCAGCAGCAACAGCCGCCACAGCAACAGCUGCAACUGGAGACCAAGCGCAGCUCCUGGGCAGCCGGCUCCAGUGGCGCAGCUAUGCCGCUGGCACAUCCGAAGCGCGAAGCGCCCUCCGUUGCGCCCGUCAGCUAUGUGACGCCCACUGUGGCUCCGCCGCUGGCCCACUCGAAGAGCAGCUCGAGCAGCUCCUCGUCGAUAAGCGCCGCGGCCGCCGCAGCGGCUGCAGCUGCUGCUGCUGCCGCCAGUGUCGGUCCGCCGUCGUGGGGCGCACCGCAGGUCUAUCGCCAGCCAUCGCAGCCGCCACCAACAUCGGCAGCUGCUGCUGCUGGCCAGCCGCCAGCUGGGCCACCGCAUCAUCAUCAUGGCAGCCACAGUCAUCAUCAUCAUCACCAGGCGGGCACGCCGCUGGGCGGCUCACCCUCAUCGACGGCCGCUGCGGCCAUGUUGCAGACGGACAUUUACGCACAGGGCGACAUGUAUCGACGUCCCACGGUCUACGUAUCCCAGGCCGCGCCCACAUACGCCUAUGCGAAUCGCACGGUGGUUGCGCCACCGCCAGCACACAACAGUUCCAGUCGACAGGUCAUACCAUCCCAUCCGUUGCCGGCUCACAUACAGAUCCCGACACAGUACAGCCAAUUUGGACCAUUGAGUCCCGCCCAGGUAGCUGCCAGCAAACAUGCAGCGCACUUUGCGCCCACCAACAUAUGGUAUGGAGCUGAGUAGCUUGCAGGGUGAACGAACGAGGGUUGACGAGGAUCCCGGAUCCCAGAGGCCACCAUUGACCAGAACACAGCAACAACUACAACACAGUCUCUCCCAUCCCCAAAAAAAAAAAAACAAAAACAAAAAACAACCAUCAUCACCACUCUCCACAUAGCCCAGAACUUGAUAACAUGAUUGAUUGAUUGAUUGAUGCUCUCGAAUCUUAUAUGGCCUCGGCUGAUGGCGACGACGCCGACGAUGACGACGACAACAGCAGCAGCUGCAACGGCAACACGGAGGAGCAGCAGUUGCAACAGUUGCAGUUGACGCAAUGCUGGUGGUUUAUGCUGCUCAUGCAGCAGAGCAUCAUACAGCACAACAGCAACACGUUGCACGAAACAACAGCUGCAACAACCACAACAACAACAACAACAACAACAACAACUAGAACUACAACAACUACAACAACAACAGCCAACACAAGUGUUGCACGCAGCAGUCGCCGCAAACGUUAAAAAAAAAAGAAAACAAAAGAAACACCUGUCCGCACCAAACCCGCCCACCAGUUACAGUUGUUUGUUUUUCAUAUUCUGCUUUUAUUUUAAUUUCACCAACAUUUUGAAGAUUGUCGAUUGUUCCGUAAUUCCAUGGCGAAUUAUGAUUAAAUAAUUAAUUAAUUUUUUUUUCUGUUUUAAAUAAAAAUGUCAAGCAUUUUCUACACGCAGUUUGGAGUGUAAAGUGCAUAGUUUAAACACACACACACACAUGUAAUUAACACACACACACAUACAGACUUUGUAAACUGUAAAGAAAAACAAGCGUAAACAUUUUCCAAAGCGAAAAUUGUUAGCCUCAUUUUCUCUUUAAAAAAACAAAAAA